AUGGUGCAAAAUUAUAUUUUUCGACAACUUUUUGAACCUGUAUCAUCAACCUAUACAUAUUUAUUGGCUGAUUCAACGACAAAAGAAGCUUUAAUUAUCGAUCCUGUUAUUGAUACUGUUGAACGAGACGCAAAACUUAUUCAACAAUUUGGACUCAAUUUACGAUAUGCAGUCAAUACACAUGUUCAUGCUGAUCAUAUAACAGGAAGUGGGAAACUGAAAGCAUUAUUUCCAGGAUGUCAAAGUGUUCUUUCGAAUCUAAGUGGUGCUAAAGCAGAUAUCUAUCUAAAAGAUGGCGAAUUCAUCAAAAUUGGUGAAUCAGGUAAAACACCAUUGGCACUUGAAUGCCGAACAACACCUGGGCACACAAAUGGUUGUAUGAGUUUUGUUUGGCAUGAUUAUGGAGCAGUGUUUACAGGUGAUGCUCUUCUCAUUCGUGGUUGUGGUCGAACUGACUUUCAACAAGGAAGCUCUGAUGAACUUUAUACAUCGAUACAUACGAAAAUAUUUACAUUGCCCGAUCACUAUCUUGUUUAUCCAGCACAUGAUUACACAGGACAAACAUGUUCAAGUGUUUCAGAAGAGAAAACUCUCAAUCCACGAGCUACUAAAUCAAGAGAAGAAUUCAUUGAAAUAAUGUCUAAUCUUAAACUUAGUUAUCCGAAACAAAUAGAUAAAGCACUUCCCGCAAAUAUCGUUUGUGGACUACAAGGAGACGUUUAA